AGAUCAAUUCCCAUUUGAUAUAUAUUUUUUACUCUGCACCCUUCCCACUUUCCUCCCCUUAUAAAACAAAACUAUUCUUGUACUUACCUUUAGCCAACUCCCAUUUUCUCUUCCUUGUUUACUCAUACAACUAAAAUGGUGUCCUUAGAUUCUGCAUCCACAUCUCUUGAUCCAAACUCAAGUCCCCGAAUUUCCUUCUCUGCAGACUUUCUUGAUGACGAAAACUUCAUAUCCAUUACUCCAAAUUCUCAAUCAGAGAAAAGCCGGGAAAAAGAGCUUCAGACAGCAGAAUUUGAGUUCUUAUCCAGCAAUUUUACAAGUGGAAACAUGACAACAGCCGAUGAGCUAAUAUUUGAAGGCAAAUUACUUCCCUAUUGGCAAAUCCACCAUGUCGAAAAACUGAACAAGAUUAGCCUCAAAACAAAGCAUCUUGAAACGGAGCAAGUGAAUAAAAAACAGGGUAUUAGUAAAGAUGAUCAGAGUAGGCAAGUGAAUUGGUUUAUUGAUGAAGACCCAUCUCCUAGGCCACCAACAUGCACUGUUUUAUGGAAAGAGUUAUUGAGACUGAAAAAGCAAAAACAGAGGCCUUCCUCUUUGUCACCUUCUUCCUCUUCUUCUUCUUCUUCAAGCUCGAAUCCUGAAAAUUCGACAACAGAUGAAAGCAAAGAGAAGCAUGUGGUGGACAAGAUAAAGAAAAGAUUGGAGAGAUCAAAAUCAGCAACUAUAAGAGUAAGACCUUUGAUUAAUGUGCCAAUUUGUACACAAGGGAAAAACAAUGCAACACCACCUAUUUUCCCCCUUAAGAAAGGAAGAGUGGAGAGGUGAGACCAAAGGGCAGCCCGGUGCAAUAAGCUCCCACCAAGAUGGAGAAGGGCCGAAUCAGAUGGAUUUAUUAUAUACAAACUUAUCAUGCAUUUCAGCAAGGUGAGAUCAAAAAUUGAAAUGACCAUCAGUUUUAGUCAUUUUGUAAAGAUGUUCUAUACUGUUUUCUUUAAUUUUUUAAUUUAAUUUGUUCUGAAUUAGAUUAAUGUUUCUUCUGAAGGAUAUCAUGAAUUGCGUUAUUUGUAUUUUUCGUUUGUUGUAAUGUAUCAGAGACUAAUUCUAUUUAGUUUCAAGA